GUACCCUGCAGCCACCAUAGCGAUUUGAAUAUUGGAGGUAGCACAUUCGUCUGGCUCUUCUUAAUCACCAUUCUGCUAUUUACGGAUUUGCAUUUCUCUGACCACAUCUAUACUCAAGUAAAUAAGCGACUUCAAAGUUACAUUAAACAUAGUAUUCCUAGAUUGUAGUGUUUGAAACGAGUCGACGCUUAAAACAGCAGAAACAGCCAACAAGGAGAACGGCAGAUGAAGCGCUGCUCGUCCGACAUUUCUCUUGCACUUGAAGAAUAGGAACAACAACCACCCAGGAAAUACUAUCUAUAUGCAAACUUUAUCACCACCCUAAACCUUGAGGACGCGUCACGGAUCCGCACGGUAAACAGUGAAUAACGUGUCUGGUAUUUUACAAAGGGGCGCAUCUGUCGUUUGUCAACAUUCGCCUUUAAAGGGGGUGGGGGGGGGGGGGAAGACGACGACGGUAAAACAGCCUAGGAUAGGAUAGGAUCGGGGUCUUUAAGGUGGUGGUUAGGGGUCUUUAAGGUGGUGGAUAGUGGUACUUAAGGUGGAUAGGGCCCCUUAAGGUCCUUAAGGUGUUGGAUAGGGGUCCUGAAGUUGCCGGAUAGGGGUCCUUAAGGUCAUUAAGGUGGUGGAUAGGGGUCCUUUUCCGUGAUAGUUUAUUGUCAGACAACGAAAUGAAGAGGAAGUCCAACCAACCCCAGCAGUCAAAAUGUGCCGGCACCAUCACAGACCGCCCAAAGACCACCGAGGCGGUCUCUGUGGCUGCUACAGAACCACACAGAGUCUCAGAACCAGCUGUGGCAAAACCAAGACACCUGUCUAUGUCCCAUCACAGCCUCAGCCUCCUCAGGUUCCUGAACGAGGACCGGAACAGGGAGCGGUUCUGUGACGUGUCUGUGGCUGUGGGCGGUAACAUCUAUAAAGCCCACAAAGUGGUGCUGGCCCAGGGCAGCAGCUACUUCCACGCAGAGCUGUCCAAGAACCCCUCCACGGGGGUCACCCUGGACCACGUGGACGAGUCUGUGUUCAGACACCUCCUGGGCUUCCUCUACACCUCUGAGUGCGUGGUGGCCGAGGCGGAGGUCCCAGCUCUCAUGGAGGCGGCUCGCUUCCUGGACAUGAUGGAGGUGCUAAAGCUGCUGUGUGUGGAGGUAGGGGACGGUUGCCGGUCCCAGACGGAGAGGGACCAGGAGGUGGGGACUACUGGGACCACCGGGCGUCCAGAGGGGAUGGUCCGUGAGGAUCCACCAACCAGCACUGCAUGCUCCAUGUGUGGCCGCAGGCUGUGCAGCAUGAAGUCCCUGCAGAACCACAUGGUCCGGAGUCACGGGCUCCAACGCCGCGGGGAGCCGGCCCAGGAGCGGCCCGGGCCCCACGCGGGGCCGGCUGAGACGGCUACCGGGGCCCGGAGGUCAGCUCGCAGCCGGAAGACCCCCGCCAAGUACAAGAGGGAUUUGCUCACGGUGUACCCCCUGGCUAAGCCCAAAGAGAUGCCCACCACCUCGUCAGCAAAAGAGGAGGAGGACGAGGAUGAGGAAGACGAGGAGGAGGAGGAGGAGGAGGAGGAGGAAGAAGAAAAAAGGGAAGGAGACACACUCAUGAAAAACCCUAACCCUAAAUUGGACUUGAGCGAGACGUCGCAGUUUCAGACGGACAAUGAGGAGGGGGGAGUGAGGAUGAGGGAGGGGAGUGAGGCAGGGGUCGGAGGUGAAGGCUCGCUGAAGCGUGCAAAAUGGCAGCAGAGUUCUUCAGAAGCCGACGCUAAGCUGGGCCUCUCCGGGCCCCCAGGGGCCCCGGCCGUGAAGAAUGUCCCCCAGGCUCCGGUGUACCCUGAGGGUCUGGCCCCCAUCCUCAUCCACCAGGCCAACAAGAAGAUCCUCAAGUGCCCCAAAUGUGACAAGACCUUUGACCGUGCAGGGAAGUACGAGAGUCACACCAGGGUGCACACGGGCGAGAAGCCCUUCCAGUGUGACGUCUGUCUCCAGCGCUACUCCACAAACUCCAACCUGACGGUGCACAAGAAGAAGCACGCGGGAGACUCGCAGCUCCAGAAGAAGAAUCACAAGUGUCCUUUCUGCAGCAAGCUGCACGCCAGCCGCAAGACGCUCACCAAGCACGUCAGGAGAUUUCACCCCGACCAGAUGCAGGAGUUUCUUGCCAUGCGCACCAAGAAGAGUGACGGCUGGAAAUGUGCGGUGUGUCUGAAGACCUUCACACGCAGGCCUCACCUUGAAGAACACAUGAUCCUACACAGCCAGGACCGGCCCUUCAAAUGCACCUUCUGUGACCAACACUUUAAGUCCAGGUUCGCCCGACUGAAGCACCAGGAAAAGUUUCAUUUGGGUCCAUUUCCCUGUGGGAUCUGCGGCCGACAGUUCAACGACACGGGCAACAGAAAGAGGCACAUCGAGUGUACCCACGGGGGCAAACGGAAAUGGACCUGCCCCGUUUGCGGGAAAUCAGUGAGGGAGCGGACCACCCUGAAGGAGCACCUGAGGAUCCACAGCGGGGAGAGACCACACCUCUGCAGCAUCUGUGGCCAGAGCUUCCGCCAUGGCAGCUCGUACAGGCUCCACCUCAGAAUGCACCACGAUGACAAGCGCUACGAGUGUGAGGAAUGCGGGAAGACAUUCAUUCGCCACGACCACCUGACCAAACACCAGAAAACUCACUCUGGGGAGAAAGCGCACCAGUGUGAGCAAUGUGGGAAGUGUUUCAGAAGGCCUGACCAUCUGACGGUCCACUACAAAACCGUGCAUCUGGGAGAGAAAGUGUGGCAGAAGUAUAAAACUGCGAUGCACGAGUGUGAGGUUUGCAAGAAAGAAUUCAAAGGGAAGUCCAGCCUUGAAAUGCACUUCAGGACACACUCUGGUGAGAAGCCUUACUGGUGCUCCGAGUGCCACCAGAGCUUCCGCAUCAAGAAGACGCUGACCAAGCACAUGGUGACCCACUCCGACGCACGCCCCUUUAACUGCCCCCACUGCAGCGCCACCUUUAAGAGGAAGGACAAGCUCAAGUACCAUGUGGACCACGUGCACGUCAUCAACACGGUGGUCCUCGAUGCCGACAAGUUGGCCGCCGCCACCGCCGCCACUCUCCCCCCGUACAGGGAUGCGCAGAAGGGGUACCAGGCCGAGUCCGGCGAACCGCCACGGCACGCGGCCGCGGUCAAUGGCAGUCCUCCGAUGACGCUGGCGCCCAUCCCCAUGUCUGCCGACUCUGCCAUGCAGCAGAGAGGGGGCUUGGAGGGCAGCGGCGGACAUCAGAGCCCCCUGUCCCCCCAGCCACCCCCCGGCGUCCUCCCCAUGCACCCCCAGGGCCCGCUGCCUCCCGGCGUCCUCCCCAUGCACCCCCAGGGCUCGCCCCCGGCCGCUGCCUACCAGGCGGCCGCCGAGGCCUUCCUGGAGAAGUACGCCCUUACCCCGCAGCCCACGGCCGUGCUCCACACCGUGCGCUCCCACCACAUGCUGGACCCCCGGGAGCAGUCCUACCUCGGGACGCUGCUGGGGCUGGACCCGGCGGCGCCCGGCUCGGACCACGCUCACUGACCGGCCUCGGGGGGGGGGCCCCGGCUCGGACCACGCUCACUGACCGGCCUCGGGGGGGGGGCCCCGGCUCGGACCACGCUCACUGACCGGCCUCGGGGGGGGGGGCCCCGGCUCGGACCACACUCACUGACCGGCGUCGGGGGGGGCCCCGGCUUGGACCACGCUCACUGACCGGCCUCUGGGGGGGCCCCGGCUCGGACCACGCUCACUGACCGGCCUCUUGGGCCCCGGCUCGGACCACGCUCACUGACCGGCCUCUUUGGCCCCGGCUCGGACCACGCUCACUGACCGGCCUCGGGGGGGGCCCCGGCUCGGACCACACUCACUGACCGGCCUCGGGGGGGGCCCCGGCUCGGACCACACUCACUGACCGGCCUCGGGGGGGGCCCCGGCUCGGACCACGCUCACUGUCCGGCCUCGGGGGGGGCCCCGGCUCGGACCAUGCUCACUGACCGGCCUCGGGGGGGGCCCCGGCUCGGACCACGCUCACUGUCCGGCCUCGGGGGGGGCCCCCGGCUCGGACCACGCUCACUGACCGGCCUCGGGGGGGGCCCCGGCUCGGACCACGCUCACUGUCCGGCCUUGGGGGGGGCCCCUGCUCGGACCACGCUCACUGACUGGCCUCUUGGGAGGGAGGAACACUUUGACCGUCAUAUGAGCCAACAUCGCCUUACAUCAUUGUUGAGUAGUCAAUUUUGAUUGGUCAAUAACGUUUCAAGGGUAUGCAUUUUUAUUUUUUAAGUGAUUGGAAACCAUCACUUAAGGGGAGGAAAAGGGAAGCCUUUUAACCGUGUCAAAUCAAUGCACUACAAAACAUUAACAACAAAGGUUAAAGUAUUGUUGACCGGAUUUCUGCUCGACGACAACACAAUCACAUUCGCUGCAGAAGAAUAUUUAAAUUUCGGCAAUGUUCAAUGUUCCUUUUCUCCUUCGUGCAGCAUUCAAAUAAGAGGUCCCUACUGGUCCGGGUACUAAAGUAUAAUCCGUAUUCCCAGCAAAAUCCUUAAGUGGAUGAAUGAGAAUACAUUGUCCAUGUUUUUUCCAAUGUCCAUGAACUUCAAGAAUAUCAAGUAGAUCAAACUAGAAAAACAGCCUUUAUUUUAUUUUUUUUGUUGUCAGGCACUAACCCUAACCAAAAACGAGAAAUCGAUUUGAAUUAUCCUUACAAAUUGAAGACCACAAGUGAGUGGAAUCAGAGAGGGUGAACCGGAAGUAAACUUAAACCAUGAAAAUGAUCAGAUUAAGCUAGAUACCUCAUUAGUGUGAUCUAUAGUGAUAAUAUUGUAAUUAAGUGGCAUUAGUUAUUGUGGAAAGUGUUACCUCUAUCCGCUACCUAAAUAAAGAACAUCUAUAAAUCACCAGCAGAUGUAGAUUUAUUGGAAACGUAAUUUAUUAUUAAUAACCGUAUUAUUACUAUAAUUUAAAACCCUUUCAAUGUAUAGCCUUACAAAGGUGGAGACAUGGGCAGACUUUUCCCUGAAGUCGGUGAUUAAAGGGCCCAUUUGUCCUAACCCAAUGUAGCCAAACGCUACCCUGAAGACAUAUUUAUCUAGGUUUGGACAUUGCUGGAAACAAUUGGGACAAAUUACCGAACUAAACUAAAUGUUAGUAUUAAACUACAUGGGACAAGAAGUUAAGUCAAGUAUAUGUGUCUAUAAUUUAAUGAAUGGAUUUAAUUUUCUAUUACUAUAUAGACCCGUGUAUAGAGUUAUAUUGAAGCAAAAUAAAGCAUUUGACAUCUUCAUGUCAUACAUCUAAA